UUGGGGUCUUUCAUUCGCCCCCUCUCCGCCCAUUACCAACCCACAUCGAUCUUUCCUUGUCUAGGGUGCCGCGCCAACGAAGCGAGCUCCCCUCUCCUCCCUCCUCUGCACACACUCGCCCGCCCAAACCCUAAGGAGAUGGGAUACAUUGGACACCAUGGGGUAGCGACGCUUCACAAAUACAAGUAUAGUGGUGUGGACAAAUCGCUUCUUGCUAAGUAUGUCUUGCAGCCGUUUUGGAGUCGCUGCGUUGCCCUUUUCCCUCUUUGGAUGCCGCCAAACUUGAUUACACUUAUGGGGCUUAUGUUCUUAGUUACAUCUGCAGUUCUUGGCUAUAUAUAUUCACCCCAUUUGGACACUGCCCCACCAAGAUGGGUUCACCUUGCACAUGGAUUGCUUCUCUUCUUAUAUCAGACUUUUGAUGCAGUGGAUGGUAAACAAGCAAGGCGGACCAAUUCCUCUAGUCCAUUGGGAGAACUUUUUGAUCAUGGUUGUGAUGCUCUGACAUGUGCUUUUGAAGCCUUAGCUUUUGGGAGCACUGGCAUGUGUGGAAGAGCUACUUUCUGGUUCUGGGUAAUUGCAGCUGUCCCAUUUUAUUUUGCAACAUGGGAACACUUCUUUACAAAUACACUUAUUCUUCCAAUAAUUAAUGGACCUACAGAGGGACUCAUGUUGAUAUACGUUGCCCAUUGGCUUACCUUCUUUUGGGGUGCUGAGUGGUGGGCACAGGACUUCAGGAAAUCAAUCCCUCUCGUGGGUUGGAUGCCAGUUGCUCAUGAGAUUCCAACCUAUGGAGUUGUGCUGUUUAUUUUGAUUGUUUUUGGUGUAUUCCCAACUAUCAGCUCCAACAUUAGCAAUGUCCGCAAGGUUGUCCAAGCAAGAAAAGGAAGCAUGUUGCUCGCGCUAGCAAUGGUAAUUUCUAUUUACAAAUUCCACCAUCUCACAUUAUCAAGAUUUUUUGAUGAACUUAUUUGUUCUUGCCAGAUAUUUCCUUUCGUUGUGCUGAUGACUGGAGUUCUUAUCUGGUCAUACAUAUCUCCUUCAGAUGUUAUGUGCAACCAUCCACAUUUGCUUAUAGUUGGAACAGGAUUUGCAUUUGGUUUUCUUGUGGGGAGGAUGAUUCUUGCUCACCUAUGCGAUGAACCCAAGGGUUUGAAGACAGGGAUGUGCAUGUCACUACUGUUUCUUCCUCUUGCCAUUGCAAAUGCUCUCACCGCUAGGCUCAAUGAUGGAGCUCCUCUCAUUGAUGAAUAUAUCAUUCUUCUUGUGUAUUGCUUGUUCACAGUGGGGCUUUACUUGCAUUUUGCUACAUCUGUCAUCCAUGAGAUAACAACUGCUCUGGGCAUUUACUGCUUCAGGAUAACCAGGAAAGAAGCUUGAGAAAGACUUUGACGUGCUGUUCUUAGUGCACGUGUUUAUUGUUGAUUAUUUUUUUACUGAAAGCAGGGCUACCUGACAUUCAAUCUGUGUGCCAUAUAAGAUGGGUUCCCCACUAUUAAAUCAGUGCUUGUGGGGAAUGCUGUGUAGAAGAUAAGCCACGUUAGUUAGAUAAGAUGAGAAAUUGUUGUCAUUAUUUUGGUCCUCUGUAGGAAUUGACUGUAGCUGAUCGAUUGUUGUAUCACUAUCAAUUUAUCCAAUUGUGAGAAUGCAUGUUAUACAUGAAGGACCACUACAAAAGUUGGAAAGAGGAUAAUUGACGUAUAAAUUCCAAAGAAAAUGUUUUGGUUGUGAAAAAACUUUAUUGAAUAAAACCUUCCUAUUUCUCUA